AUGGACGACGAUGAGAAUUAUAAAUUUGCUGCUUGCACUUACUUCGCGAAGAAUCACCCAGGCGAAACUUGUGGUAGCAAUGGUCUGCCACUUACUCCAAGUUCCGUUACGAUAUUGGGUCGUGCACAGCGUUUGUUAACUAUCGAACAUAAAAAUCUAUGCACCUAUCUGGACAUUAUUCGAGGAAAACAUGAAAGGAUAAUAGUUGUAGCUGAGGUAAUUGGAAAAUCAUUAUCGGAACACACAUCAAGAUUUUCACAGCAAGAAGUAAUUAGCAUUGGUGUACAGGUCGCCAAUGCAAUGACCUUUCUUCACGAUCAGAAUAUAACACAUCGAACUAUCUCAGAUGAUAACAUUCUAAUUGAUAACUGUGGGAGAGUUAAACUAUUCAAUUAUGGAAUGUAUUAUAUGACUGAUGGUGGUAAAGAGGUGCAGUUUCCUCUUGGAAUUCCACGCUACCUUAGUCCUGAAGCCAUCUUAAAUGGUGGUGGACCAUCAGCAGAUGUCUGGAGCUUCGGUAUAAUUCUAUUAGAGCUAUGCAUAGGCAAACUAUGGAGUAACUUGAAACCAGGACCAAUCCUUCGGAGGAUACUCACUCUAGUUCAUGCUAAUAACCCUGCAGAGAGAAUAGCUAGGGAACAUGAUUGUUAUGAUACAUAUAAGGCCUUACCCGAUAAUUUGAGAGAGAUAAUAGAAAAGUGCUUAAAAAUAUACCCCAGUGAAAGAGCUACUUUUCUUGAACUGCUCGAAGACCUGAAAAAAAUAAAUGACCAAAAACCCAUAGAUUUGAAGAAAGCGAGGGGUCUGUUGGGUUGUAAAUUGCAAUAUUUGUAUUAUUGGUGGCAGUUGGCGGGUGGUGAUAUUAUUUCUGAAUUAAAACGGAAUGGUCUCAUUAAAAACAGUCCCCCUAUUUUGUCUAUGCCUAUUGCCAUCCUUCUUGACGGAUGUACACUAGGUGGUAAGAAGAACGCCCUAUUUGACAGAAGAAUUGCAAAAUACAGUUUGAAGAUUUUAAAGAACCGCUUAGCUCACAUUUCUCCCCACGACUUCUACCCCCUGAUGCACGAGAGAAGAAAAGAAUGUGAUGCUGUCACUCUACCGAAGAUCAUUCGGGAGAGAGAUACUGAAUAUCAGUUUCACAGAUUACUCUGGUUUCAGAGACUUCUUCAUGGCUAUCCUUACACAGCUCAGUACAUAAGAGCACAAGCGGAGAUCGACAUUCCGCCCAUGGUACGUGGAGACGUAUGGGCCGCUCUUCUCGGCGUGGUCGGUGAUAUCGAAGACCAGUACGAGAGGAUAGAUAAGGAGACGCCUACACCCACGGAUAGACAGAUUGACGUAGACAUACCCCGCUGCCAUCAAUACUGCUGGUUGUUGUGUGGCCGGGCCGGGCAUCGAACCCUGAAGAGACUUCUCAAAGCGUGGCUAUUGACCAAUCCACAAUAUGUAUAUUGGCAAGGGUUGGACUCGCUGACUGCGCCAUUUUUGUAUCUAAAUUUUUGUAAUGAAGCGCGGGCUUUCGCCUGCCUCUCCGCGUUCGUCCCCAAAUUCCUUCACAAGUUCUUCCUCAAGGACAACAGUGCUGUGAUCAAGGAGUACUUGGCGAAGUUCUGGCAGAUGAGCACGUUCCACGAGCCCGAAUUGGCUGCGCAUCUCCACGAAAUCAAUUUUGUCCCGGAGCUCUUUGCAAUACCCUGGUUCUUGACUAUGUUUUCGCAUGUCUUCCCACUGCAUAAAAUAGUCCACUUGUGGGACGCAUUGCUGGUCGAAGGUCCCCAACUCCCCCUGUUCAUGGGUGUGGGAAUAUUGCGACAGCUGCGAGAAACACUCCUCGAUUCUGGCUUCAACGAAUGUAUACUAUUAUUUUCUGAUCUUCCUGAGAUAGAUAUUGGAGAGUGUGUUAAGGAGUCAAUCGAAAUGAGUCGCAGUACACCGCGCAGUAUCAGCUAUCGAAGAUUCACAAACGAGCCAGAAAUCAAAGAUCCCAUGGAUGCAGUGGAGGUUCCAAUGGAGACCUUGCUAGCGGAAAUCUGCCCCAGAAUCAGCCUCACGGAUUUCUUUUCGCUGACAUGCCAAGAUAAGUGCUGCGUUGUCGACAUACGUUCUAAUUUGCUGUACGAGAAGAGUUGUAUAGAAGGCAGUAUAAACGUGCCAUACAGCGGCGUCCACUUGGGACAGCAUGAGCUCAGAUCGCUCGGUCUCCAUCCAUACAAAGUCCUGAAUGAAGCCCUUACCCACAAGAAGACAAUUGUUGUCGCCUCCGCUGAAGACGAAACGGCGCAAUUGUUUAGUGAGUACCUAGUAAAAUGCAAGGUACCAAGAGUGUGCAUUCUACACGGCGGGAUAUCAGCUUUGAACACCCAUAUACCGUCUCUAUUUACAGUGCCAACCAAACGGAACGGCCACAAAUAA